AUACACCCAGAAGAGAUACACACGCUGCUGAGCAAAACUGAACAAAAAAACAAAAUGGAAACCUUUGUUAUGGGAGGUAAAGCACACAGGGUUGCUUUUUAAAGAUGAGAAGAUGAAGUUUUGCAGGCUCUAUAAAUUUCGCAUGCGUAAAGCUUACUUUUGGAGAGUUGAGUAAAUCUGAACUGCUUUUUUGGUAAUCUGGCGGGAGGCUCGUUGCAGUAAACAAAUCGAAAUAAUAACACCCCAGCUACUGACAUUGAAGGAUCAUCACCAGAGUCACAGAGAGAGAGAGGGAGGGAGAGGGUGGCGACUGUGUUUUUUUUUGUUUUUGUUGCUGGGAAGAGAGAGAAAGGUGGGUGGGGCAGGGAGCAAUUAAGGGGAAAGAGCGGUGAGUAGAUGAGAUGGUUCCUUUGACUGGACAUGCGAGAGGGACGUACAACGCCGAACCCUUUUCAUUCACUCUCACUUUCAAUGCCAUUUUAGAGAGAGAAAGAGAGAGAGGCGGUGUGGGGGUGUCAUGGAGGAGGAACCAUCUGCACACAAUGUGCCAUAUGGACAUGGUCAUGUAAACCGCCUGAGUUUCUCUCUCCAUCUACUCCUGCCUCUGCCCACAUUUGCGUUCUAAUUGUCUAGAGAGAGAGAGAGAAAAUGGCCAUGGAGAUAGAGGGGCCUGCGCAGCAUGGAGCAACAGGAUGGGGGAGUAGAGAGAGAGAUGAGAGAGGGGCUUAUGUAGUUUGGGAGGAGCUGACAGUGGUGCUCCCUAACUAUGGAGAUGGCCCGACGCGGCGGUUGCUCGAUGGGCUCAAUGGUUAUGCAGAGCCGGGGCGCAUCUUGGCCAUCAUGGGUCCUUCUGGUUCUGGAAAAUCCACCCUCCUGGACUCGCUCGCAGGGAGAUUAGCGGGCAACACCAUCAUGUCUGGGAAUGUUCUUGUGAAUGGGAGGAAGAAGAAAUUGGACUAUGGAGCAGCUGUAAGCAGAGAGAGAGUCCAUAAUUCAUUGGAUUUUGGGUUGUUUUGGCAGGCUUAUGUUACGCAGGAGGACAUAUUGCUGGGGACUCUAACAGUGAGGGAGACGAUAAUGUAUUCAGCUCAGCUGAGGCUUCCUAAGAGAAUGAGCUCGGAAGAGAAGAAAGGUGUGGUCGAGGGGACUAUAAUGGCGAUGGGUUUGCAGGAGUGUGCUGAUACCCCAAUUGGGAAUUGGCAUCUGAGGGGUGUUAGUGGUGGUGAGAAGAAGAGAAUCAGCAUUGCCCAACAGAUCCUCACUCGACCUCGAAUCCUCUUUCUCGACGAGCCGACCAGUGGCCUCGAUAGUGCUUCAGCAUUCUUUGUGACUCAAACUCUGAGAAGUUUGGCGCGUGACGGGAGGACUGUCUUAGCCUCUCUCCACCAACCCAGCAGCGAGGUCUUUGCUCUCUUUGAUGAUCUCUUUCUCCUCUCCGGUGGGCAAACUGUUUAUUUUGGAGAUGCACACCGCACCACCGAGUUCUUCAAGGAAUCUGGGUUCCCCUGCCCCAGCAGAAGGAACCCAUCUGAUCACUUCCUUCGCUGUAUCAAUUCUGAUUUCGACCGGGUCACUGCCACUCUCUUGGGCUCUCGCAGGAUACUCGAAACAGAAGCAUCGGAUCCACUAUUAAAAAUGAGAACAGCUGAGAUCAAGUCUAUCCUGGUGGACAAGUUUAGGGUAUCUGAGUAUGCAACCUCUGCAAGAGCACGAAUGCAUGAAAUCUCCCUUAUUGAAAAUCUUGUGAUGGAAAGCAGCAAAGGUAGUGAAGCUAGCUGGUGGAUGCAGCUCACUACAUUGACUAGAAGGUCCUUCAUCAAUAUGAGCAGAGACAUAGGGUAUUACUGGCUGAGGGUCGUGAUCUAUGUACUGGUCUCACUUUGUGUGGGCACAAUCUACUUUGAUGUUGGGACCAGUUACACUGCUAUCUUAGCCAGAUCCGCAUGUGGAGCUUUCAUCUCCGGUUUCAUGACAUUUAUGUCCAUUGGAGGUUUUCCAUCCUUUGUAGAGGAAAUGAAGGUUUUCUACGGUGAAAGGCGAAAUGGCUUUUAUGGUGUCAGUGUCUACAUCCUUUCAAACUUCCUCUCCUCCUUCCCUUACCUUGUCCUUGUUUCUCUCUCCUCCGGGAGUAUCACAUAUUACAUGGUGAAGUUCCAGCCCGGCUACUCUCGUUUUAUAUACUUCUCUCUCAACCUCUUUGGGUGCCUUGCGGUUAUAGAGAGCCUCAUGAUGGUUGUUGCCUCUCUUGUCCCCAACUUCUUGAUGGGUAUCAUAACGGGAGCUGGAAUUAUGGGUAUUUUGAUGAUGACAGCUGGGUUCUUUAGACUGCUGCCUGACCUUCCAAAACCCUUUUGGCGCUACCCCAUUUCUUACCUCAGUUAUGGCUCAUGGGGACUGCAGGGGCAAUUGAAAAACGACAUGAUUGGUAUGUUGUUUGAUCCUAUGUUGCCUGGGGACCCAAAGCUCCGAGGAGAAGACAUCCUAAGGAACAUGUUAGGAGUAGGCUUGGGCCACUCCAAGUGGUUGGACUUGGCUAUCAUCUACGUCAUUCUCAUUUCAUAUAGGCUUACCUUCUUUCUAGUUUUGAAGUUCAAUGAGAAAGUGUCUCCAGCUCUGCGCUCUUUACAUGCCAAGAGGUCCUUGGAGUAUCUCAAGAGAAGGCCUUCUUUUACGAGGAAGCCUUCAUUUAGGAGCACUCCGUCGUUUAGGUACACCACUCCUCACGCUCUCUCUACCCAGGAGGGCCUCAACUCCCCUCUUCAGUAACUGGUUAUAACUUCUCCUGAUUAUCAUUGGAGUAGUUAUUAAUACUUAGAAGAUAAGCUUAACAAUUUGAAGAAAUGGAUGAGUAUUCUUGUGGUUAUUCUGUGGUUUAUGAAGCAUUGGGUGCCUUGAUGGAUCUGUGGAGAAGGAUGCGAUAUUUGCCUCACUUAUGUAUUGUUAACUGCUCAACUUUGGGAGCAAGAGUCGACUCUAGUGAGGGUGUCUUUCAUUAUGAGUUUUGUGGAAAAGUGAUUGAUGUUUUUGCAAAAUUUUAAGAGGAAGCCACUGUAAAAUAAGAAAAAUGAAAGAUCUCAAGAAAGAAUACAAGCCAAUUUCUCAAUAUAAGUAUGUUCAUGUGCUUAAAUCUAA